AUGGGCCCAGAAACUGGCCUGGCUGGUGGGGAAGGUCCUCGCUGGGAUGAGGACGCCAGCGCCUUGGGGAAGGAGCUACUGCCAGGCUGCCCGGCCUGCCCUCCGUUGGAGCCGAAGGCCAGGGUCAUGAAUCUGCCUCAAGGUGUUUUCAGCGCCUUUCCCCUCCAAUCCAGCGCAUACCUGCUGCCCUCUCUACCACAUCCCUACAGCAAUGAGGAACUGAGACCUGCGGCUGGCCUUGCUCAGGUGAAUUUUGUGGCAUGCCAGCUCUUUGCUUUGCUGGCUGCCUUCUGGUUCCGCAUCUACUUAAGUCCCAGUAAAACUAGUUCCGUUGUCCGGCAUGCAUUUGCCACUAUUUUUGGCAUCUACUUUGUCAUCUUUUGUUUCGGCUGGUACUCCAUCCAUCUUUUCGUGCUGGUGUUAAUGUGCUAUGGAAUCAUGGUCACUGCGAGUGUAUCCAACGUGCACAGAUAUUCCUUCUUCGUAGCGAUGGGCUAUCUUACCAUAUGCCACAUCAGCCGGAUUUACAUCUUCAACUAUGGAAUUCUCACUACGGACUUUUCUGGGCCUCUAAUGAUUGUCACUCAGAAGAUCACAACCUUGGCAUUCCAAGUGCAUGACGGAUUAGGUCGGAGAGCUGAAGACCUCUCUGCUGAGCAACACCGACUUGCUGUAAAGGCGAAACCCUCUUUCUUGGAAUACGUGAGCUACCUUCUCAAUUUCAUGAGUGUCAUAGCUGGCCCCUGCAACCAUUUCAAGGACUAUGUGGCCUUCAUUGAGGGGCGACACAUACACAUGAAGUUGCUGGAAGUGAACUGGAAGCAAAAAGGUGUCCCUGGCGGGCCAGAGCCCUCCCCCACUGGAGCUGUGAUCCGCAAGUUGUGCCUGACUUUGGUGUCUCUCCUCCUGUUCUUGACGCUCACGAAGGCCUUCCCUGUCACUUGCCUUGUUGAUGACUGGUUUGUCCACAGAGCACACUUCCUCACCCGACUCUACUACUUAUUCAUGGUCAUGCAGGCCUCCAAGCCCAAGUACUACUUCGCGUGGACGCUGGCGGAUGCCGUGAACAACGCAGCAGGCUUCGGGUUCAGCGGAGUGGACGAAAAUGGAAAUUUCUGUUGGGAUCUGCUCUCUAACCUAAACAUCUGGAAGAUCGAGACUGCCACAAGUUUCAAAAUGUACUUAGAAAACUGGAAUAUUCAGACAGCUGCUUGGCUAAAGUGUGUGUGCUAUGAGCGGGCUUCGUGGAACCCCACGGUACUAACCUUCAUCCUGUCUGCUCUGUGGCAUGGAGUCUACCCUGGAUACUACUUUACCUUCUUAACUGGAAUCCUGGUCACAUCGGCUGCUAGAGCGGUAAGGAACAACUGCAGACACUACUUCCUGUCUUCCAAGGCGCUCAAGGCCGCGUAUGAUGUGGCCACCUGGGUCGCCACCCAGCUGGCUAUGUCGUACACCGGCGCCCCGUUUGUGAUGUUGGCGGUGGAACCAGUUGUCACCUUAUACACGUCCAUGUACUUCUACUUACAUAUCAUAAGUCUUCUGAUAAUACUCUUCCUGCCAAUGAAGCCACAAGCUCGUACUCAAAGACGGCCCGAGACUCUGAACUCUGUUAGUAAGACGAAAACCGAUUGAUACCUCGGGGAGAAGCCGAACACGUGAAACGACAGCGCAUUUGGAAGAUGGGAAUGUCGGAAGUUCAAGGGCUCUCCAGUGACCUAGAGAUGUUUACAUGCAUUUUAAGUGCAGGGAGUAUUUUUAUAAAAGGCUUUUGUACAGUGACAUCGGCCAUGUCCAACUUACUAGUUUUAAUAUUUUAGAGGACAUUUGAGUGCCUGGAGGUGUGAGGAGAACGUGCCUGGGCUCAGAGACAGUCCACCUGGGCUGUUGGGUCUUGGGGUUUCUGGCACAAUUUCCGGCCUCUGAAAUCUAGAUGCUGAGAACCCAGGCCUCGGCUCCAGGCGUUAGAAGGUGCUUGCUGAGACGACUUACAGGUUCCGUAAACUGAGCAUACCCAGAGGUGGUUGUCCUUGCGAAGUCCCAAACCCUCAGGCUUGCGACGUCACUGUGUGCAAACACAGGAAGUGCUCAGAAGACCGAGGAAAGGGGAGCCGUGCAGGGGGUUUGCAGGUGCUGAGAAUUCUGUGACCCAGGACACUCACCGGGAACCAUGGCGUGGCCGAAGCCAGGCAGGCCUGUGAGCAGGCUGCGUCCCUCCACCCCGCAAUGGAGCCCCCGCUCUUUGGAACUGAACCAAGAUUGGUUCCAGGGGUCUCUGGUACGUGGGAUCAGGGGCCGGGGAGGGGCCGUCUCCUGAGUUUUCCAUUUCACACGUGCCAUCUGCUUGCCAAGGAGUGGCCCUGAGAGGACGCGCCAGACGGGAUUUGGAGAAAUACUUUUUAUACGAGUAACUUCACGUGAUGCGCAAGUCUGGUGGGAAUCAGCGACCUGUCUCUUGUCUUCCUCCGUCUCACGGGGGUGUCCGUGGUCAGGGCCACGACCCUCGCGUGAGCAGCGUGGUCCCCAUUAAAUCCGGCUCCGAAUUAGCGAAUGGUCGCGCUGGAAAGAACUCCAAAGGCAGAUUCCUCUCCCGUCUUCGCUUUGAAUGUGCCCCGGUGCCUUUGGGGACUUGUGUCGGGGGAUGCUCUGUGUGGGGGAAGGAAGCGUGCUAUUACCUGUGAUGAAAAAUAAUAAUAAUGAUGAUAAUAAUAAAUGCUGCAGUGGGGUGCCCUCAAUCGAAUGGUGGGGAGGGGACAAUUUGUUUGGAUCAGAUGAUCAAAAAAAUUAGU